AUGGAGAUGGACAAAACCACUGCAGCUCUAGAGGCCAUCAACAAUGAAACUAUUGAUCUGGAGAAUAUCCCUAUCGAAGAAGUUCUUGAUAAAUUGAAGUGCACGGAAGAGGGACUCAGCUCGGAUGAGGUGGAGAGACGGCUUCAAGUGUUCGGUCACAAUAAACUCGAAGAGAAAAGGGAGAAUAAAAUACUGAAGUUUUUGGGGUUCAUGUGGAAUCCUCUUUCUUGGGUGAUGGAAGCAGCAGCUAUUAUUGCUAUUGCUAUUCCUCAUGGAAAGAAAAAUAACGUUGAUUAUAGCGAUUUCGUUGGGAUUAUGGGUCUUCUUAUUGUGAAUUCAACCAUAAGUUUUAUCGAGGAGAAUAACGCUGGAAAUGCAGCUGCAGCUCUUAUGGCGCGGUUGGCUCCUAAAGCAAAGGUUUUACGCGACGGGAAAUGGAACGAGGAAGAUGCAGCAGUUUUAGUUCCGGGAGAUAUUAUUAGCAUAAAACUCGGGGAUAUAAUUCCUGCGGAUGCAAGAUUACUCCAAGGAGAUCCUUUAAAGAUUGAUCAGUCGGCUUUAACAGGAGAGUCACUGCCGGUGACGAAGCAUCCCGGUGAUGGGGUGUACUCGGGCUCGACAUGCAAGCAAGGUGAGAUUGAAGCAGUUGUGAUUGCCACUGGAGUCCAUACUUUCUUCGGUAAGGCGGCUCAUCUUGUCGAAAACACCACUCAUGUUGGCCAUUUUCAGCAGGUGUUGACAUCAAUCGGAAACUUCUGCAUCUGCUCUAUCGCGACCGGCAUGGUGUUUGAAGUGAUCGUGCUCGCAUGCCAGCAUAGGAAAUUCCGGGACGCGAUAGAGAACCUUCUUGUGCUGUUGAUCGGUGGAAUCCCCAUCGCGAUGCCCACGGUUCUAUCUGUCACCAUGGCUAUUGGCUCCCACCGGCUUUCGCAGCAGGGCGCCAUCACCAAGAGAAUGACAGCAAUUGAGGAAAUGGCUGGGAUGGAUGUUCUCUGCAGUGACAAAACCGGCACUCUAACUCUCAACAAACUUAGCGUCGACAAAAACAUCGUUGAGGUAUUUGCCAAAGACGUUGACAAAGAUAUGGUCGUCUUGAUGGCUGCAAGAGCUUCCCGGUUAGAGAAUCAAGACGCGAUUGACUGCGCCAUUGUUUCAAUGUUAGAUGAUCCUAAAGAGGCGAGGGCUGGGAUAACGGAACUUCACUUCCUCCCGUUCAACCCGACCGACAAGAGGACUGCACUCACCUACUUAGACAGUGAUGGAAAAAAGAAAAGAGUGAGCAAAGGUGCUCCGGAGCAGAUUCUUAACCUCGCGUAUAACAGAUCAGAAAUUGCAAACAAAGUGCACUCUAUCAUCGAUAAAUUUGCUGAGAGAGGUCUCAGAUCGCUUGCUGUUGCUCGCCAGGAAGUCCCGGAAGGAACGAAAGAAAGCACUGGCGGUCCAUGGGAAUUCCUUGGCCUUCUCCCUCUCUUUGAUCCACCUCGCCACGACAGUGCAGAGACUAUCAGAAAAGCUCUUGAUCUUGGAGUUAGUGUUAAAAUGAUAACCGGUGAUCAGCUAGCAAUUGCAAAGGAGACCGGACGGAGGCUUGGAAUGGGCACCAACAUGUAUCCUUCCUCAUCAUUGCUUGGAGACCACAAGGACUCAUCGGCUGCUGCUCUGCCCGUGGAGGACCUUAUCGAGAAAGCUGAUGGCUUCGCUGGCGUCUUUCCAGAACACAAGUACGAGAUUGUGAAGAUCUUGCAAACAAGGAAGCACAUAUGUGGGAUGACAGGGGAUGGAGUGAACGACGCGCCAGCGCUGAAGAUCGCAGACAUAGGAAUCGCGGUUGCAGAUUCCACUGACGCUGCUCGCAGUGCCUCAGACAUAGUCCUCACCGAGCCAGGUCUGAGCGUCAUCAUCAGUGCUGUCUUAACGAGCCGAGCAAUCUUCCAGAGGAUGAAGAACUACACAAUAUACGCUGUGUCGAUCACAAUUCGUAUAGUGAUGGGAUUCAUGUUGCUCACAGCGUUUUGGAAGUUCGAUUUCCCUCCCUUUAUGGUUCUUGUCAUUGCAAUUCUUAAUGAUGGUACUAUUAUGACAAUUUCAAAAGACAGAGUUAGGCCAUCUCCAAUGCCAGAUUGUUGGAAAUUGAGUGAAAUUUUCGCGACCGGGAUUGUUCUAGGAGCUUACCUUGCUCUCAUGACGGUUAUAUUCUUCUACUUAGCCUACGAAACAGACUUUUUUGCGAAACAUUUCCAUGUGGAAGAUUUCAGCAAGCACGUCGGCGAACUAAUAGACGAAAGGUCAAAAGAAGUGAAAGAGAAGCUGUCGUCUGCUGUGUACCUUCAAGUGAGCACCAUCAGCCAGGCAUUGAUAUUUGUGACUCGGUCGAGAGGGUGGUCCUACACAGAGAGGCCCGGUCUCCUCCUUGUGGCGGCGUUCAUCAUUGCACAACUGGUUGCAACCUUAUUAUCCGCAGAGGUGACGUGCGGCAUGUUUGGAAUACAGAGAAUAGGGUGGGGAUGGUGUGGUGUGAUCUGGUUGUACAACAUCCUGUCAUACUUGCUGCUUGAUCCUAUCAAAUUUGGAGUCAGAUAUGCUCUCAGUGGGAGAGCAUGGAAUCUUCUUCUUAACCAAAGGACUGCCUUCAACUCCCAAAGGGAUUUCGGAAAGGAGGCACGAGAAGCAGCGUGGGCAGCAGAACAGAGAACCAUACACGGUCUGCAAUCGGCAGAAACCAAAAUGUUCAGCGACAAAAACACCUCGAGGGAGAUGAACAUCAUGGCCGAGGAAGCAAAGAAACGCGCUGAAGUUGCAAGGUUGAGGGAGCUGCACACAUUGAAAGGGAAGGUGGAGUCCUUUGCAAAGUUGAGGGGUUUAGACAUUGAUGUCAAUCCACACUACACUGUGUGA